AGCUUCUUUGGGUCUGGGGCCUGUGGGAUCAGAGUGGGGGCAGGGCCUGGCAUGGGCUGAUUUGCCUUGGGCCCCACACCCUGCUCAGGUUGGCUCUGUGUAUAGGAGCCAUUCUUCUGUAGGCCAGGGCUAUGUACAACCUCCUCCAGAGUUGCUGGUCCUGGCCGCGGUUCUGUUGCAGGGUGGCCAUUCCCAUCUGAACCUAUCCAGUUCAGGAAGGUACAUUGGUAACCACCACAGAUGCCGGCCAUUGGAGCCAUCCACUGGCCUUGCUACACAGGGCCCUGCUGUAUGAGAGCCACAGGCUUGUGCACUGGGCUCUGGAACAUGGUAUGGGGUGGGAGGGGAGAAACCACAAAGAUGGGGGUCAUGCCUGCCCAGGAACUGGAGGCUGUGGGGCACAGGACUCACCCUUUGGGACUAUGGCCCAGUCCUGUAGCUGAAGAGCAUUUUUGAGGCAGCCUCCAGCCGGUCUCCUAAGCAUAAGCCCUGAAAUAUUUUGAGGUCCUUGCAAAGACCCAUAUGUUCUGCAGGUGUCAAGGUGGCUGUACUGAACCUGGGAAUGUCCUGCCCCUGUCAAGGCACUUGGCAGCCCUGACCAUGCUUGAUGCUAUUUAGCGUCUGUGUGAGGGGCUCCAGCAAGGCAUUGCAGAAGCACUCAGCAUGCGUCCAACUCUGUCUCCCAUGAUGUCAGGGUAAAGCUCCUGCUGGCUCCAGGAAAAGCAAAGUCAUGUCAGUGCAGAAGGUGUUUGCAGAUCUCACCCCUGCUCAUCACAUUUUCACCCAUUCAGGAUGGGGCUUGUUGCUGCUCCCAUGGAGGUUGAUGAGGCAAUUGACUGUGAAGGGCAGCAACAACUGUACUUCAGUCUAUGCCAACCCAUGCCCAUGCCUGCUCACCUCUGCCUUUCCAGUUGCUUCCUGCAUGGAAGAGCUCAUGAGACACCCAGCCCCAGUUGUAUAGCUUGUCUAGGCCUGAAACACUGGGGUCUCCUGUGCCAGUGUUGGCAAAUCUCCACUGUUCUCUGUGCACAACACCCAGGGGUGUUCAGGGUCAGGUCCCAUGGCUAGAGGGGAUGUCAGCUCCUUACUUUCACGACCUUUGACCAUGAGAUUGGCUAGUACCAGAUUCAGGAGGCUCCCAAGCCAGGAUCUGCUCUUGUGUAGCCAAGGGGAAGUGAAAGAGCCCUUUCCAAAGUGAUGGGUUGAAGAGCUUUCUUGUGUUGGUCUGGAGAAGGCAGAUCCUAACUAGCUCGCUGGGGGCUAGGAGAGAAAGGCCCUAGAAGCUGAGUGCUGUCUCUAUGCUUCUCACUGGGAUUGAACAAGUGGGCCAUGUCCCCAGGGGCUACAAAGCUGCUGUUUUCCUUCAGCUCUAUCAUAUGGAGCCAGGGUCACUUGUCCAUUAUGUGGGCAGCCUCUCAGGAGCAAAGCACUGCCCCAGGAGCACCUCAGCUGAUGAGCUGCACAUGCUCCACUGUGCACUGAGCACCUUGCUAUCACCUCCACUCAUCUUCUAUCUCUUCCAGACGCCUGGGAACUCUAGCUCAGCUCAGCACCUGCACAUCUGGGCACAGUUCCUAGUUUAUCUGUUCCAGACACAGGGGAGUCUAGAUACCAUGAGGGAUUUGCUCAGGUCCUGGAGCAGAUGGAGGGGUGUUCACCUGACCUGGAUGUGCCUGCUCUCCUCCAUGCUGCACAGCAGAGCCAAGGUCCUAGAAAAGACCUUUGAGGGGUGGAUGCGCUACCGUGAUGAGUGCCUGGACAAGAUAGCUAAUGAUCCAUACCCAACAGGUCCCUUCUGCAACCGGACAUUUGACAUGUAUGCCUGCUGGCCAGAUGGGAGCCCCGACACUAUUGUCAACGUGUCCUGCCCUUUCUACCUGCCAUGGUUUGAGAAAGUGAAACAUGGGAUUGUGAGUCGCCAGUGUGGGCCUGAUGGGCAGUGGGUGCUGGUGAAUGGCACGCAGCCGUGGAGGGACUACUCGCAGUGUGAGGAGGGGAUGGAGUCCACAACAGAGGAGGAAAGUGUCCGUAAGCUGAUGGUCAGCUUCAAAGUGCUCUACACGGUGGGCUACUCCCUGUCGGUCCUGACCCUGAUCUCUGCCCUACUCAUCCUCACCAUUUUCAGGAAACUCCGCUGCACAAGGAACUACAUCCACGCCAACCUCUUUGCCUCCUUUGGGCUGCGAGCAAUUUCGGUGAUUGUCAAAGAUGCACUACUGGAGAAGAGAUGGGGCAUGGCGAUCAUUCAGGUGUCCGACUGGGAGGUGCUGCUAAGUAAUGAGGCUGCAGUUGGCUGCCGAGUGGCUCAGGUCGUGAUGCAAUACUGCAUUCUGGCUAAUCACUACUGGUUCCUGGUGGAGGCUGUCUACCUGUACAAACUCCUGAUUGGAGCAGUGUUCUCUGAGAAGAACUAUUACACACUCUACCUGUACCUGGGCUGGGGAACUCCUGUGGUGUUCGUGGUGCCGUGGAUGAUGGCCAAAUACUUGAAGGAGAAUGCAGAGUGCUGGGCUCUGAAUGAGAACAUGGCCUAUUGGUGGAUCAUCCGCAUCCCCAUCCUGCUGGCAUCCCUGAUUAAUUUGCUGAUCUUCGUGAGGAUUCUCAAGGUGAUCCUGGCUAAGUUGAGGGCAAACCAGAAGGGCUACGCUGACUACAAGCUCAGGUUGGCCAAGGCCACGCUGACCCUCAUCCCGCUCUUUGGGAUCCACGAGGUCGUCUUUAUCUUUGCCACAGAUGAGCAAACUACGGGGAUCCUGCGCUACAUCAAGGUCUUCUUCACACUCUUCCUCAACUCUUUCCAGGGUUUCUUGGUUGCUGUGUUGUACUGUUUUGCCAACAAAGAGGUGAAGUCUGAAAUGAAGAAGAAAUGGCAGCUCUGGAAGUUAGACCAUCCCAUGCUCUUUUGCACACAGUGAUGACAUUGGCACAGCACCCAGCACACUGCCUGAAACCCAGGAGAGAGCCAUGAGGAUCUCAAUUAUUAGAGGGGCAGACCAAGCCAUGACCUGCCCCUGCACCUAUUACUGCAUGGUAGCUGGUACCACACCUCUGCUCUGCUCGUGCCCAACUGCACUGGGGAUAGCAGAUGCUGUGUGCAGCAGCGAGGAUGACUUGGAGCACUAGCCAGGCAUAAGGAGUGCUGUUACUGGUUGUGCUGGUAGUAGGGCAAAGUAACUGUUUUCAAAGCACAGCUGCACCUGAGAGCCUUGCAUACUGGCAAAGAGACUGCACUAGCUGUGAGAUGGUGGACACUGCGAUUCUUCAACACCAAGUCCCCUCCACUGCAGCUGAACAGCAAAUCCUGAGGCACACUUGAGCAGAGGUAGACUCUGCUCUUUGAAAGACACAUAGCCGUGGCUGUAUUUUCUGGAGACAUGGGAGGCUCGUAGAGAGAACUCCUUUGUGGUUCACUGCAUAGCAGGACACGGAAGGCCCAAGGCAGAGGAUGGUGGACAGUAGGGCUGUGCAAAACAGCAUCGUCCUGUUUUGACUUAAGUUUCAAUGGAACAGCAUUUUCAUUUCGAAUUUCGUUUAGAUUCAAAACUACUGUUCCGUUUCGUUUUGUCAAAAGUUUCACCGUUUUGACGCUUUGCCCAUAGGCUAUUAUGGGGAAGCUCGAAACAGCCUAUAACUUUGUCAUUACUGGCCUGAUUUGGAUGAAACUUGCAGGAAUGGUAGCUCCUUCUGAGGGC